AUGACUACACAAUCGAUUGGAACUUCAUUGGCGACCGAUUUGUCUUCAAGAGAAUUGCAAAUUUCUGAACAGCCCGGUCAUAUUAAAAUAGUGAACACUUCUGGAAAACGGAUUGUGUUCGGUGUGAGCACUGCUCUCAAAAAGGCAACAACUACUCCGACUGGAGUUCUGGAUCCCAAUGAAGCGGCUCUUUUUAUUGUGAAAUCGGAUGGAAAGGAGCAAAAUGAUCGUAUCACUAUCAUCUACACUCAUCCACCGGAGGGAACAGACAAGCAGUACCGAUCCGAGUACUUCCUUGGUGAAGACACUCUUAUCGUCAGAAAGAAUUUGCCGAUUCGUUUUGAAAAGAUUACUGCAGUUCUUGCAAGAUUCGAAAAAUUGAACUGA